AUGAGCUCUAUCGGUAAAGUGUUCGAUUUUUCUGAUGCUAGGUUACAUGAUUUAGAAGACCAGGGGCGAUUGAGUGAUAAUUUCUGGCAAGAGUUCAAGACAGUCGAGAAAUGUCUCGCCGAAUACCGUCCCAAUAGUAACCCUGCGAGCCACGAUCGUCGUGUCAAAAUUGCGGUCCUGGACAGCGGAAUUGAUCUGAAUCAUCCAAAGAUCCAGGACCUGAUUCUGAGAUCUUCAAGAUGGAAUCCAGACAGGCUCGUCUCGAAGAGCUUCGUGGGCUUGGGUGAAUCUUCAGACCCUGUGGGACAUGGUACUCACAUUGCUUGCACGAUCAUGUCCAUCGCACAAGGUGCCAAGCUGUUUGUUGGAGGUGUGGUUGGACGAAAUAAAGUUCUGGAUUCUGAAGCUCUAGCUGAAGCCAUACGGUUUGCCGUCGAAGAAUGGGAUGCUGACAUCAUAUCAUUGUCUCUUGGGUUCCCAAAAAUACCCUCAAAAAAAUUAGCAGACUUGAUAAAAGAGGCUCUUUAUAGGGAGAAGCUGAUAUUCGCUGCAGUCUCAAAUGGGGGAGGCGCUUCGAUUGAUGGUAUCUCAUGGCCGGCAAUGGCGACGAACGUGUUCGGAAUAUUCUCAUGCAACUAUCAGGGAGUAUCCUCUCCAUUUAAUCCCUGUCAGAAUGAUGAUCGCUUCUCAAGAUUCAAGUUCUUGGGAGAGGCUGUCAAUUCGGCUUGGCUGAGGAACGGUGAAAGGCGCUUGACUGGCACGUCUGUUGCAACACCAAUAGCGGCGUGCACGGCCGCACUAUUUAUUGAAUAUAUCAGAGCAAAUAUGCAAGGAAAAGGCGAGAUUACCAGAGCGGGCAUGGAGGCAAUUGAGCGUUGUGCGAGGAUGCCUGAUGGCAUGCAACGUAUCUUUGCUGAGGUGGGACGAACAACGACUACCGAUGCCUGGCUCAAGCACGUUUAUCCCUGGUUUCUCCUAAAAUACGAUCGGCGUCACGAGAUAAUACCUCGCAUUGACGUUUCACUGGCAGUAUUGCAAUUGGAAAAUUACAAUGAGGAUAUCCAGAUUUUGGAAGAAAACAAUGCCUUCAUCUUACAUUCCAUACCCGACCAAAAUAGACGGCUGGUGGAAAAUGAACACUCACUUGAUAUCGCAAGAUCCAACAUUCGAAUUUACGUACUCGGUCUAAUGGGCGCCACAGCUUUUGGCAAUGGUACCAUUAGCUUUGCAUUGCCCCUGCUUCACUGGGUGACGAAUGUUGCCGCUUUGGGUACAGUAUGGGUUCUGCUCUCUUCUGCCCGUGAGAAUCAAGGUAGGGCCUUGACCGAUUAUAAACUUCGCGCAACAAGACUCAGAGAAGAAGUACUCGAGGCUAUCCGCUUAAAUAGUCAAAACCUUACUGAAGCUGAGAGGGUAGUGAGUGAACUUCUCUCGCUUGUUGAGCGAAUACUGAAACGAUAUGAUGUUUCAGAAGGAGAAAUGAAGCAGCUGGAAAUCAAGGUAGAUGAAUUAAACUUGCACGUCAUAAAAGAAGCCGAGCUUCAAUGUUCCGAGCCUGUAUCACUUGUUGUGAGAGUGCAAUCAUUGUUAGACGAACUCGAAAAGACGAUAAAUUUUCGCCAGGAGGAUCACGAAGAUUCUUACGAAAAAGCAAAAGACACACUCAAAAGAGGUAAGCGGGUGGUUCAGGAUGCACUUGAUGUGCAGAGAGAGCUAGAUGAAGCGAAAAGAAAGGCAGAUGCACAAGAGGAAAAAGCUAACGAAGACUUUGCUGAAAAGGAACGAAGGGAAAGUGGAAAUAUUUUCGAGUGGCUUCGCUGGUUCCUGAUCUGGCUUGGGAUUGGUGGUGCCGUCCUUGUUAUGAUCCUGGCCGCUUUCGCGAUUUGA